AUGGUGUCUCUCUCCCAAGUGCGGCAAACCAAUGCUUCGGCUGCUUUCAAGCUCCCGGCUGGCCUCGUUGGCGUCUUCGCUGGUGCUACAGCAGGUAUUGGCGAGACAGCUCUCAAAGCAUUUACCAAGCACACUACACGACCCAAGAUCUAUUAUAUCGGCCGUUCUCAAGAAGCUGAUACCGAAGAAGGAUUGCCUCUAGUCACUGGCCUGACUAUCUACUCUCGCAACCGUCUGGCUAUCAACCUCCUCCCCCUGCUAAAGAAGGCCCGGUCUCUUCGUCGUGUAAUAAGCGUCAUGGCUGGCACACAUGAGGGAAAGCUCUUCUCCGACGAUAUAGCAGCUCGCAACAUCCCCUUCACAAGUAUUCACAACUCCCGAGGCCACUUGUGCUCGGCCCUAACUCUCUCCUUGCAAGCACUCGCUCGUCAAGCACCAGAAGUUUCCUUCAUUCACAACUUCCCUGGCUCUGUUGAUACAAACCUAAUCCGCAGCGGAGACGGCUUCAUGAUGCAGGUUAUGAAGUAUUGGUUCAAGGUCAGCAUGACUGUUAGGAGACAGUGGUUACCUAAGGAGGAGUGUGGAGAGAGACAUGCGUGGUUGUGUUUGACUGGGAGAUAUCCUGGUAAAGAUGGCAGUGAGAACGGUAUCAAAGAGGGAGAAGUUGCUGUUGGUAUUGAUGGGAAUAAGGGAAGUGGUGUCUAUAGUGUUGAUUGGGAUGGUGAGAGUGCUUCAGGUGAAGUUGUCAAGCUUCUUGAUGGAUUCAAGGAGGAAGGUCUUGUAGAAAAGGUCUGGAAAGAUCAGGAGAAAGAAUUUGUCAGAAUUACUGGUACAGCUUCUAUCUAG